GCUGGGCCUAUUCCGGAAAUGAACUUGUGACAGCGAAGAAAGAAUGCAGACGACUGAAUCAUAAUUGUGGAAUUGAACUCUGAACUCUACUGUCACAGCUGAAAUGUUAGAUUUGUCUUGCACGAUCUGUUUUCGGGGCUAACAAAACUGUGAAAAGUCCCUGUUCAGAGUCACCCUAUUGCAAUUUCAGGAAAGUAACCACCAAUCGUCUCGUUUUUAUUUUCAUACAGGCUAAACAGGAUUCCUGUUGUUGUUCAGCUGUAGUGACAGUGUAAACGUUAAGCCCCACUACUGAAGACCAUUGUUCACCAGAUGAGUGGCCUUGUUUUGAAGCCUUAAAUCAACUUGUAUCUAUAGAGCUCAGCUAUAAACAUCAACAAUUAACAGUCAUAACAUCAUAAUGGAAACUAAUGAUGUUGUAACAUUUCAUCAAUGUACAAUAUGCGAUGAGAUGUUUCAACAAUUUGAUGAUUUAGAAAACCACUACAAAAUGCAUGCCAGAGAAGACAAAACUGAUGAUUCAGAUAGAUAUUGUCAUGUUCAGUUUAUUAAAGAAGAGAAGACUAAUGAUGUAGAUGAAUAUUGUCAUGUUCAAUUUAAAGAAGAGAAAACUGAUGAUGUAAAUGAAAAUAGUCAUGUUAAAGAAGAUAUUGAAACUGUUUAUCAGUGUAAUUUAUGUGAUGAAGGAUUUAAAUCUGACAUUGAUUUAGAAAAACACUGCGAAAACCAUGUUAAGGAAGAGGGGUCUGUUUUACAACAUGGUAAAAAUAAGGAGACAAGUUUUAGUCAGUGUAAUGAAACAAAGAAAAAAAAGCGAGAGGGUUCCAUGAAAUGUCACAUUUGUGGUAAAUCUUUUUGUAAGAAUUAUUACCUGGAAAAUCACCUGAGAAUCCAUACCGGUGAAAGACCUUAUAAUUGUGAUGUUUGUAGUAAAUCAUUUGUCCAGCACAGUCACCUUUUGACCCACAUGAGAACCCAUUCUGGGAAAAAACCCUUCAAAUGUGAUAUUUGUGGUAAAUCGUUUGGGGGUAAGCUAAAACGACAUAUGAGCCUACAUACGGGAGAAAAGGCCUAUAAAUGUGAUGUUUGUGGUAAAUCAUUUUAUAACAGUACUAUUUUAGAGGGACACAUACGAACCCACACAGGGGUAAAACCCUUUAAAUGUGAUAUUUGUAGUAAAUCGUUUACUCAGAAUGGUAAUCUACAAGCGCACAUCCGAAUUCAUAAUGGAGUCAAACCUUAUACUUGUGGCGUUUGUAGUAAAUCAUUCUCGCGAAGUGGUGAUGUACAGAGACACAUGAAAACACAUACUGUGGAACAACCAUGAUUUUUGGAAAACAUUAUCAGGCCAACAGCCUAAUGUGACAAUAUAUGAAAUUUACACUCAGUAAUUAAUAAACCCAUUGGUUUUCAAUGAUUUCUAAUAAUUAUUUUUUGCAAUAAACAAUGAUAUAAAGUGCCCAUUGCAAUAAAGGAACUUGAGUGGAAACGGCAACACCCCAUGCUGUAGCCAUCUGUGUUAAAGAUAAUACAUGCUGUAGCCAUUUGUAGUAGUUAAUAUGACACAUGUUGUAUUAUUAUUCAUAGUAGAAAAUCCCCGGUAACAAUCUUAACAAGACUGUGUUGAUAUAAAAAGGAUUUAUCCAUUAUUAUAAGUGCUCAGAUGUGCUUUACAAUUCAAUAAAAUUAUAAAAUGCAGAUAGACAAUAUGAUAAAAAAACUAACUGGAAUGAUAAAAACAAUAAAUUGGUACACAUUAAAAGUAUCACAAUAAUAAUAGUGUAAAAGAAAUCAAAAUUAAGUUAGUCAUCUGUAUAGUAGUUAAUGUGGUACAAGAUGUAAAUAAAUGCUUUAAGUAAUUUUGGGGCUAUACUAUAUACUGGUGUUUUUCCGGUUUUCAAUAUAGCAUGGUGUUUUCCGGUAGUUUUCUGGUAUUUUCUGGUUGUUUUCCGGUAUAUAGUAUUGCCGGUUAUUUUGUCUGGAAUCUUUAAUUGGUCCGAGUGUGAGUUAAAACAUCUCUCAAUUGAACUCAGUUGAAGCUGAAUAAAGGAUAACAUUUCCUAAAAGUUUUUAUACACCCACAUUUUCACAUGGAAAUAUUAUAUUGUGGUCCCUAUCUGUCCAUUCACAUUGGUUAAGGCCAUGGGUUCCAUGUCAACCGUAUAUGCCGGUCGGGACCGAGGGCUUUGGAAAAUGACCGAAACUGGAUCAGACCCGUAGGUCAUUUUGCACGCCGGAAAAAUAGCAUAUUUUUGUGCAAAAUUAUAAAAUCCCAGGAUACGAUAAAACUCUGUACUGUCGUGAUGUUUGACUGUGAACUGUCGGGUAUAAUAAAAUUAACAGUGUUCAGUAGUCCACAAAUGGAAAUCACUGCCAAUUAAUUAUCACAAUCAACAAAGAUCAACAUCAAACAGAUUAAAAGCUUAAAGGGACUAUCCCGAUUAGAAAAGAGUCUCAAAAGUCCAAGUACGUAUGAAAUUUAAGCACCAAAAUAUAUAGGAAUGGUGUAUUGACCUUGUCUCAAAAUUUCUGCUCAAAAUAUUGAGUCGUUUGGACGUGAACGUCAAAACUGCUUAUCCGGACAAGUAACCCUUUUAAGAUUUCGGAUCAAUGUUUUCGUUGGGUGACCUGAUAAUCGAUUCCCGUUUCUUGAGAGGUCUAUACAGUGAAUGACCCAUGUGCUGUACUUGAUAGCGGACGGUAAAUUUCACCUACACAUUAUUUUUAUAAACAAAAGGUAUGGUUUUAUCCAGACACCGUAUAAUACCGUUUGGGACACCGGUCUCCAUUUCCAGAUGAAGACUGACGGGUUUAAGUUGUUUGCAAAUGUAUCACAAAUAUUGAGUUAUUUGCUCGGCCCGUAGGUAGAGGGUUUUAAGGCAUUUUAACACAAUAUUAAGCAGUUUUAGUCUCAAAAAAAUUAUCGGGAUUGGCCCUUUAACAUUUAAUCACUUAUAUUUAGCUGUGUUUUGUUUUUUAAUUAGUACUGUGUCAACAUGUCUCAUCUUGAUCCGAUUUCAAUCAAAGUUAACAUGUUUAUAUUACACAAUCUUAGAAUUAGACAUGUAUCGAACCUUAACCUUCUGGAUUAUUGUUCCUGAUUGUACGAAAAAUAUAUGUUUAGAUCUCCAAAGAUCUGGAAUUGGUUUAAAAUUUGGCAUGUAACAGAAUGUAACUU